CGGACAGCUUUAGCGGUGGACAAUUAGCACGUUCGCUCCGGAGAUAAGCGGCGGUCGGUGCCGUGGCUACCUGCUACCGAGCGUGAGCCGCGUUCACCCAUGGGUGUCGCUGCCGUGACGGUCCCCGGCGUUUGGACUCACUGUGCGGGCGGGUGAGUUUUAUUUUCGGAGCCCGGUGGAAACGUGCAGAGCGCUCGGACGGUUCGGUUCGGACCCGCACGGACAGACGGACGGACGGACGGACGGAGCGCCGCUGCCGCCGCAGCACCGAGUGAUGCUCGAGCGGGACACAAAAACAAAGCUUCAGCUCUAAAAAAGAGAAGUGUUGGGUGUCCCCUCUGCAGAGGAAUCUAAACUGUGGUUCUGCACCGCGAGAUGUAGCACCUCAGAGCUCUCAAAGCUGGAUUUGGAGACCUGCCUGCUGUCCCGCUCAUGAUUCCUCUGUAGUCUCUUCCGGGGCAUCUGCUGCAGUCAUGUUUCGGAACAGCUUGAAGAUGCUGCUGACGGGGGGGGAAGGCCAACCGCAAGAGUCGCUGCAGCGAUGGUGGAAGUGAUGACUUUGCAGAACCUCGCUCGCCCAGUCUAGACCCUCACCUGAGCCACGCCAGCCAAGGUGGCAGCAUAGACAGCGACUGUGCCUUUGAAGGAGACUACGCCGUGCCUCCGCUCUCCAUGACCGAGGGCAUGCAGCACAUUCGCAUAAUGGAGGGCGUGUCGCGCUCCCUGCCCUCGUCCCCGUUGCUCAGCCACCAGGCCAUCAGCGUCAGGCUGCAGCCUGUAAAAAAGCUCACAGCCCCUCUGCGGAAAGCAAAGUUUGUGGAGAGCCCUCGCAUUCCACAAUCAGAGCUUGGCUCCCCUACACACACCUCCACCACCGCCAAGAAUCCAGACCUGGACACAUACUGCCCCGGGGAGUCGAGCCAGGAGCUGGGCCCCCCUCCGUCGGUGGAUGAGGCAGCCAACACAUUGAUGACGCGCCUGGGUUUCCUUCUGGGAGACAAAGUGAGUGAGGGACCAGCUGGUACCCAGUACAGCAUGGAGGAACCCAAGGCGAGACAGGGCCAGAACCAGAGGAUCAGCCCAUGCUCCACCCUGACCAGCAGCACUGCCUCACCCCCUGCAGGCAGCCCGUGCUCCACCUUACCUGCUGCCAUGCCCGGCCAGGCCGGUAACAGGGACUGCACCUACGGUUCUGUCACCAGUCCCACUUCAACACUAGAGAGCAGGGACAGCGGGAUUAUCGCCACGCUGACCAGCUACUCUGAGAACAUGGAGCGAGGUGGCAAAUACGGCGAGGGCUCCCGGGGGAACCUUAAACUGUGGCAGUCCCAGAAAUCAGGCAUGGACUCUUUCCUGUACAGGGUGGAUGAAAACAUGACCGCUUCCACCUACAGCCUCAACAAAAUCCCUGAGCGCAGCCUGGAGAGCAUGUCCUCCCACUCCGCCCACUCCAUCCCUCUGUACCUUAUGCCCCGCCCGAACUCUGUGGCUGCCACCAGUUCUGCACACUUGGAGGAUCUGGCGUACCUGGAUGAGCAGCGGCACACUCCAUUACGCACCUCACUGCGCAUGCCCAGACAGAGCACCACCUGCGGGCCGGGCCGCUCCGGGCAGGACCUGAGAGCUUCCGCUAAUAACACCCAUGCCUGGCAGUCGCAGUCACUGCAUUUUGCGCCCUACCGGCCUCAAGACAUCGCCCUCAAACCUCUGCUGUUCGAGGUCCCCAGCAUCACCAUGGACUCCGUCUUCGCGGGUCGUGACUGGCUCUUCCAAGAGAUCGACGCGCAUCUCAACAGCCCUGCCACCAGCACCAACCGUGGUGUGGUGGUAGUAGGCAACAUCGGCUUUGGGAAGACGGCAAUCAUUUCUCGCCUGGUGGCCCUCAGCUGCCACGGCACCCGUAUGCGGCAGAUCGCCUCGGACAGCCCACAGGCCUCACCCAAACAUGGAGAAGGGCUCCCCCUCACCCAGUCCCAGCCCUCACACGGAACCCUGGGAGGAGGCAGCUGUCCAGGGACCCCUGAGAUGAGGCGACGUCAAGAAGAGGCCAUGAGGAGGCUGGCAUCUCAGGUGGUGGCGUACCACUACUGCCAGGCAGACAAUGCAUACACCUGUUUGGUGCCGGAGUUUGUGCACAAUGUAGCGGCUCUGCUGUGCCGAUCCCCGCACCUGGUCGCCUACAGGGAGCAGCUGCUGAGGGAGCCACAUCUGCAGAGCUUCUUAAGCUUGCGCUCCUGUGUCCAGGAUCCCCUGGCCUCCUUCAGGAGGGGCGUCCUUGAGCCCCUGGAUGCACUUUACAAAGAGAGGAAGAUCAGCUCUGAGGAAGACCUCAUCAUACUUAUCGACGGUCUGAACGAGGCAGAGUUUCACAAGCCCGACUACGGGGACACCAUUGUUUCAUUCCUCACAAAAACAAUUAACAAGUUCCCUCCCUGGCUCAAACUGGUGGUCACAGUUAGAACCACACUACAGGAGAUCACAAAUUCGCUGCCAUUCCACCGCAUUUCUCUGGACAGCCUGGAAGAGAACGACGCUAUAGACCAGGACCUACAGGGCUACAUCCUACACCGCAUCCACAGCAGCCCGGAGAUCCAGAACAACAUCUCCCUCAACGGCAAGAUGGACAACACCACCUUCGGCAAGCUCAGCGCUCACCUGAAGGCACUGAGCCAGGGCUCCUAUCUGUACCUCAAGCUUACCUUUGACCUCAUCGAGAAGGGCUACCUUGUCCUGAAAAGUUCCAGCUAUAAGGUGGUUCCGGUGAACCUGGCUGAGGUUUACCUGCUGCAGUGUAACAUGCGCUUCCCCACGCAGUCGUCAUUCGAGCGAGCGCUCCCUCUGCUCAACGUGGCCGUGGCCUCCCUCCAUCCGCUGACAGACGAGCAGAUCUACCAGGCCAUCAACGCCGGCUCACUGCGGGGUACGCUGGACUGGGAGGACUUCCAGCAACGUGUGGACAAUCUCUCUGUCUUCCUAGUAAAGAGGAGGGACGGGACAAGGAUGUUUGUCCAUCCCUCCUUUAGGGAGUGGUUGAUCUGGAGAGAGGAAGGAGAGAAGACCAAAUUCCUCUGUGAUCCACGGAGCGGCCACACUCUGCUGGCCUUCUGGUUCUCUCGGCAGGAGAACAAGCUGAACAGACAGCAGACAAUUGAACUGGGCCAUCACAUCCUCAAAGCACAUAUUUUCAAAGGUCUCAGCAAGAAAGUCGGAGUUUCUUCGUCCAUCUUGCAAGGCCUGUGGGUAUCCUACAGCACAGAAGGCCUGUCAGCUGCACUUUCCUCACUCCGAAAUCUCUACACGCCCAACAUCAAGGUCAGCAGGCUGCUGAUGCUGGGUGGUGCCAAUGUGAACUAUCGCACAGAGGUGCUGAACAACGCCCCUGUCCUGUGCGUCCACGCCCACUUGGGCUACAUGGACAUGGUGUCUCUGCUGCUUGAGUUUGGAGCCUCUGUUGACGCCCCCUCAGAGAACGGUCUGACGCCGCUGGGCUACGCCGCCGCGGGGGGACACAUGGCCAUUGUGACUGCGCUUUGUCGCAGGAGAGCAAAGGUUGACCACCUGGACAAGAACGGCCAAUGUGCGUUGGUUCAUGCAGCUCUGCGGGGCCACAUGGAGGUGGUGCAGUUUCUCAUCCAGUGUGACUGGAACAUGGGGCUCCAACAGCAGCAGUCGCCGCAAACCCAACAACAGGCAGCCUUCACCAAAAGCCACGCCGUACAGCAGGCACUCAUCGCCGCUGCCAGUAUGGGCUACACAGAGAUUGUGUCGUACCUGUUGGACCUGCCUGAGAAAGACGAAGAGGAGGUUGAGCGGGCACAAAUUAACAACUUUGACACGUUGUGGGGGGAAACAGCUCUGACUGCAGCCUCCGGCCGGGGAAAGUUGGACGUUUGUCGUCUGCUGCUGGAACAGGGAGCAGCCGUGGCCCAGCCCAACAGAAGAGGCAUCGUCCCGCUGUUCAGUGCCGUCCGACAGGGACACUGGCAGAUCGUGGACCUCCUCCUGACUCAUGGAGCUGAUGUCAACCUGGCGGAUAAGCAGGGCCGUACCCCUCUAAUGAUGGCUGCCUCAGAGGGACACCUGGGAACUGUGGAAUUUUUACUCGCUCAAGGAGCCUCUCUGUCUCUGAUGGAUAAGGAGGGUCUCACGGCUCUGAGCUGGGCUUGUCUGAAGGGCCAUUUACCAGUUGUCCACUGCCUAGUAGAGAGUGGUGCCGCCCCUGAUCAUGCAGACAAGAAUGGACGCACACCCCUUGAUCUGGCAGCCUUCUAUGGUGACUCUGAAGUGGUGCAGUUCCUGGUUGACCACGGUGCCAUGAUAGAGCACGUAGACUACAGCGGGAUGCGUCCUCUCGACAGAGCAGUGGGCUGCAGAAACACGUCUGUGGUGGUCGCCCUUCUCAAGAAAGGAGCCAAGAUAGGUCCAGCCACGUGGGCCAUGGCCACCUCCAAACCCGACAUCAUGAUCAUCUUACUCAGCAAACUGAUCGAGGAGGGAGACAGUUUUUACAAGAAGGGGAAAGUGAAGGAGGCAGCCCAGCGUUACCAGUGUGCUCUAAAAAAGUUCCCCCGCGAAGGCUUCAGUGAGGACCUCAAGACUUUUAGAGAACUCAAAGUGUCGCUCUUCCUUAACCUGUCCCGUUGUCGGAGGAAAAUGAAUGACUUUGGGAUGGCUGAGGAAUUCGCUACAAAGGCACUUGAACUGAAACCAAAAUCCUAUGAAGCAUAUUAUGCCAGGGCACGCGCCAAGCGUAGCAGCAGACAAUUUCACGAAGCCUUAGAGGACCUCAAUGAAGCCAUAAAACAGUGCCCGAACAACCGAGAGAUCCAGCGGCUACUGCAGAGGGUGGAGGAGGAGUGUCACCAGCUCAGCCAGGAGGAGCAUCAGCAGCAGGAUCUGGAACUGGAGCCCCCUCCCUCCCCUCCUCCUACACCUCCCCCAGAAGAGGAGGACUCCCUGUUCCUAUCAAUGCCUCUUCCCCCUCCCCCAGAGCCCCGACUGGAGGACAUGGAGCCUGUUCAGGACCUGUUUGAGGAUGAGGACUACCUGGAACAGGAGCUGGAGGCCAUGUCAAUGGGUUUACCCCCACCUGAGUCUCUUAGUAAUCCUGCCAGCCUCCCCAUCAUUCAGAGCCCACCACUCUCCCCUACUCAUCCAGAUCAGAUCUACUUAGCUGGAGGUUCACCCAUGGGCCAACCGUAUGAAUAUCAUCCCACCUCCUCUUCCAUGUCCUCUCCUACCCGUGGGUCAUACCAGCCUACAUCGCCCUCCCUCUCCCCAACACAUCAGAACUCCCACUACCGUCAUAGCCCACCCCAUACCUCCCCGGUACAUCAGCCGUCCUAUCGCUUCAGCCCACCACCUUUGGGUAGUGGUGGACAAGGGAUGGAUCACCAAAGCCCACCGCCUUCCCCUUUGCGCCGCGCUGCUCAGUACAGAGCCAGUCCACCAGUUGAAAGUGUUUGCCUGUACCGGUCCCAAUCUGGCUCCCCUGUGCGUUACCAAACAGAGCAGCUGCCUGGUCGACCCAAGUCUCCCCUGUCAAAGAUGAGUAGCCAGCGUUCAUUCCAGCUGAGCUCACAACCCUCUCUCUCCGCCCAGCACCACCAAGCCCAAGGUCUUCGUCUUCAGCCUUCUAUAGCCCAAAUAGUACGCACAAACCAGCCCAGCAACAUGAUGAGCAACAGCAGCUAUGGUGGUCAAAUGAGCCACCCCAUCAGUAGUCGCUACCAAGGGGGUUCAGUAGAUGUAGAGAGCCGUCUGGUUUACCAGCCCUCCCUAGAUGGACGAUCCAUGCCCCAGGUCCAGGCCAGCCUCAGUGCUGGGGCCCUCUGUCAGCACGGCGGCCGAGGAGGGGUUAUGGAGUCUGGCCUUUUGAAGGAUGAGCUACCCCAGCGCCCCUCCUCUGCCUACCGCGCCAGCAGUGGGGGUCCAGGUGGUAUCCGUUACAGCCAGACUCCUCAGAUAAGUCGCAGCCAGUCAGCUGCCUAUUACCCAGUGUCUGAGCAUGUACUGGAGCGUGCCAAUGCCAUGCCCCCAUGCCAGCUGGGGUCCCCUGAGAUCCCACAUAUGGUGAGACGCCCUGUCAGUGCCAAUACUACUGAGAUGAAGCCACAUGUACCCACUCCCCGGCCUCUCAUCCAUUCUCAGAGUGUAGGUCUCCGCUUCUCCCCAUCGAGCAACAAUAUCUCCACUGGAUCCACCUCAAAUUUGGCGCCAGGCUUUAGGCCUUCUUCUUCCAUUCAACAGAUGGAAAUCCCCCUGCAAGCCACUUAUGAGCGCACCUGUGACGAUAUUUCUCCUAUUUCUCCAUCUCAAGGUGGAGGGGGGCUGUAUCAAGGUGAGACUACCCGUUCUAGGAACACACCUUUCAUGGGCAUCAUAGACAAGACAGCGCGGACUCAGCAGUACCUGCAUCAGCCACCACGAUCCAGAGGCAUGACAUCCAUGGAUUCUGCCAUCAGCCCCACCUCACCUGGCCAGCUGGUCCAACAAGGUUCAACCUACAGUCCUCCCACCUCACUGGGUAAUAUCGCCUACUACAACAAGACCAACAACGCCCAAAAUGGACACCUAUUGGAGGAAGACUACUACUCACAAACCCAGCCCCCCUCUCUUGGAAAGCUGUCAAAUGGCUCCCGUGGCAGUGGGGACAUCCUGGAACGGGUCAGCCAGGUGCCCACUUACACGGAUGUGAAGGUCGCAAGGACUCUGCCUGUGGCACAGGCUUACCAGGACAACAUAUACCGCCAGCUCUCUCGUGACUCCCGGACCCAAGGCCCCACCUCCCCCAUCAAACCAAAGAGACCCUUUGUGGAGUCAAAUGUGUGAUGACCUGACUGUGAUUGGUGGGCUUACUGAGCUUGCUAGUGGGAGUGAAAGGAGAAAAUAAUUGAGCUCAACAGCAGAUGCUGCUGAUGCUUGUGUAUGUGACAUGAAUGAACUCGUGAAAGAACUCAGUUCCAUGCAGCCGCCACUCAUGCUUUGGGGUAUUAAACAUUCUUACAUGAGAAACACAACUAACAAAGAGAAGCGAUUAUUUCACCGUCAUAUUCUGCACACAGGUAGGCUAAUAGGAGGGUUUUCAUCUUGUACUAAAAUGAAGACCAAUGCACUUACAAAAUGUGUGGCACAACAUUCCCACAAGCGAACACAGCAGGUGGGACUGUAAGCGUGAAUGUGCUAAUCUUUGGACUGUACUUUUGAACUACGUAUCCAUCUUCUGUUCUUUCAAAGUGUGCUCUUAACCAAGGUUGCUAGUAGGCUCUAUUCUAUGUAAUACAAUACUAUAUGUUCAAUACUGUACAUUGCUCAGAAAAUACAAAUGACUCAACAACUCAGUACUUAGAGGAAAAUGACAAUAUUUAUAAUUAAGUUAUAUAUUGUACAUAGAGAUAAAACAGAACAUAGUUUGCAUUUGAAUUGUAUUCUGUUAACUUUGCCUUUGUGCCCCACUGCUAGUUAUGUGGACGUGGAAGACCAAACUUGGCAAGGAAAGAGGGACACUGACCAACUUUGAAUGAUAUAAUUACCUCCGUUGUGUCAAAAAAAUAAAACUUUCCUCAUGGUGUAAUGUAAGAAAUUGCUUUUUUAUGCUGCAGUCUGGGGCUCUCAAUCAUCAGGACGCCAUUUCAAAGGAAUUAAGUAUUUGACUGCAUACAGACCGAAAUCUUACUAAAACUAUGACACGUGUCAAAUACAUAUCCAGUUAUUGGGCACAGUUUUGACAGUCCGUUAAUGCUUUCACUGAUAUUUGUUGAUGACACCAUUUUGCAAACCACUUGCUUAAGUUUACUGAGGUUUAGGUACAUGAUGAUGUAUUUAUUUUAGUACCUUUACUGUAUUAUCACAGACCUCAUAGUAUGCCUUAGUGUGAACUUUAACUGCCAAAAACGCUGCAAUCAUAACCCUGUUUUAACAUAUGGAACAAUAUGGAUAACAACAUGGAACAGUUCAUUGACCUGGGCUAGCGCUACUAUUAGCCACGUAACCAAAUGCUAAGAGAAAUACCUUGAUGGCUAAAAGAAUUUGGCUGCUUUUAGCCAUAGUGGCUAAAUACAAUUUUGAUGUUCAUAGGUACCAAUCAUUGGGAUAGCGUUAUUAAAAAUUUUGGUAUAAGAAUUUGGCUCUUAAUUACGUGUCACAUUUGUACCUCUCCAAUACAUUUGGCCACACUGGCUAAGAAUUAAAAUAUCAUAGUGCUAGCCCAGAUUGACCUUGUUAAACACUGUACAAUCUCAUGUUUGUUUGUUUUUUAAACCUCUCAAAGCUUAUUUUGAGAUGUUGUGUUCCCCCAUAAAUUAGACUCAGUACAAUAUAUUUGUUUUAAAAUUUAAUGUUUGGCUAUUAGAAUGGUAACCAUCCUUGAGCUUUAUGAUGACAGUUUAUUUUUUAAUUAUUUUUGAGCAUCAAAGAUCAGUUUUGUCCUUCCUCCAUAAAUAUACAGUAUGUUACUAAAAACAGUACAUUUUGCGUUGCUACUUUUUGACAUUUCUUUGUACCUGUGCUACAUUUUUUUUCACACCAGUUCUACACUAAAAAAUGGUGCACUUUAUGUAUCUUGUGUACUUGUUACAACUGAAUCAGGAGAUGGUGGAUUUGUGGAUACCAGACUAUUAAAACACUAUUAGAUUUACAAAUUAGCAGCGGGAAGAGCAAACAUUAAAUUGGUGACGAUUUAUUGACUUUCUUGCACAAUUGUACAUAUUGGCUCAAAUUCUCAACUCAGUCCAGUUCGGGUUCCUCAGUAAAGGUGAUCUGCAUCAAAAAGCUUUUGGAUUUAAAUGUUCUGCGAAAUAAAAAGUCCUGUAUAGUCAUGGACGUCAAAUACAACAGGGUUGAAAAUAAAUAAAAUCUACUGCACCAGAAGGUUUCAUGGCUGUGAAAGAAAGCAUCAUGGUUUUUUGUACACGUGGACAGUUAUAGAUAAUUUAUCUAUCAUUUUAUUAUUACCACUCUCACACAAUGAGACUAGAAGAGACGGUUCUUCUCAACUGUCUGUCGGUUAGACCUGCUGUCAUAGAUCCCCAGAAAAAAAGGUGUAAACUGUAUGAUACUUAAUUUAAACAAGAUUUCUAAGUUGAAGAUACUUGAGGGUGUAUGAUUUCAAGCUGUGUGUGUGUGUGUUUGCUGUAAAUAGUCUGAUGCAUGUUCUCUCCUUUCCAUGAGCUCAAGCAGAAACCUAUAGCAGUGUCCUGAUUCUGGUGUGCGAUAUGACUGGAUACAGGAUUAAGAUGAGAAGACUGCGAUCCUGGGCUAUCCUUACAGUUUUAUUUUAUUAAUUUUUUUAAAUACCCCCCAUCAGCCUCACCAGACAAAAGUGCAAAUCUCAAGGGUCUUUUUUUUUUCUUUCAUGUAUUUUGCUUGCUGAGCAGAGUUCAAAUGUCUGUAAAUGUGAGCUUUCAGAUCGCUGUGAUAAAACGUUUAAUUAAAAACAAUAAAAAAUAAUGUGUUUUUAUCUCAUGAUAACUGAUUGUAAUCUGUACAGUCAGACCUAUGUACAGGGGGGAGAAAAAUAACUUUAUAAAUGGUUACCAACUGAAA